AUGAACCAGAAGAUUGUCCUCGUCACAGGUUGCUCCUCAGGCAUCGGCCUGGCCCUGGCUGUACGCAUAGCCAAGGAUGAAAAGAAGAGGUUCAUUGUGUAUGCCACAAUGAGGAACCUGGGUAAGGCAGAGGCACUCGUGGAGGCGGCAGGCAGGACUCUGGGCAGGACCCUGGUGAUUAAACAACUGGAUGUGUGUAAUGAAGACUCCAUCAAGGCCUGUGUGGCCAGCCUACCGGAUGGCAAGCUAGACAUACUCAUCAGCAAUGCUGGGAUGGGUCUGGUAGGCCCCAUAGAGUGUCAGUCUAUAGAGGAGAUGAAGGCUGUCAUGGAUACCAACUUCUUUGGUCUAGUGAGACUCCUCAAAGAGAUCCUACCAGACAUGAAGAAGAGGAAGAGUGGCCAUAUUGUUGUGAUCAGCAGUGUCAUGGGCAUACAGGGUAUAUUAUUCAACGAUAUCUACGCAGCAUCCAAGUUUGCUGUGGAGGGUUUCUGUGAAAGCCUGGCCGUCCAAGCCAUGAGGUUUAAUCUGAAUAUAAGUUUGAUUGAGCCAGGCCCUGUGGUGACGGAGUUUGAGCAUAAGGUCUAUGAAGAGGGCAUGAAGACAGACCUCUCCAAAGCUGACAAAGUGACAGCAGAUAUGUUUACCAACAUCUAUAUGAAGAACUUCAAGCAGAUCUAUGAAAGCCUUGGACAGACACCUGAGGACAUAGCAGAGCACACACACAAGAUCAUCACCAUGGACAAUCCUCCAUUCCGGCACCAGACCAACACCUUGUACACCCCCAUGACCACCCUGAAGUAUGCUGAUCCAAACGGAGACCUUCCCAUCGAUACCUUCUACAAGAUGGUGUUUGAGCACGACAAGGUCUUCAAUGCCAGCCUCAACUUCCUCAAGCUGCUACGCUGGAGGACCCGCAAGAGCUUCACUAUAGAUAAGGACAAGAGCAAUUCUUAG